AUGUUUUCGAAACUUAAGAAUUUCUCAGAAGAUGUGAUCAAUGAGUUGAAUAACUUGUCUGAUCAAAAUCAAAAAUCACCAAAAUCUACUACUAAUUCAGAGUCAUUAAACCAAUUACUGAAAAGUGCCAAAGUUUUAGCCACUGAAACACCUGAUGUAUCCAAAUUGACACAACCAAGCGAUGAAGAAAUUUCCAACAAUGUUUCCACGGAGGAGGGCUCGGAAAAAGCUACUCUGCCUCCAAUAAACAACACUACAAUAGAUACUACUGAUAAUGGAACAGCAACAACAACAACAGCAGCAGCAGCAGCAGCAGCCCCACAAUUAGAUUUGGAUCAACUUCCGGCACCUAUCAAAUCAAAACUAAAGAAAUUUGCCAAAUAUGAAGAAAAGUACCCUAUUUUACUAGAUGCAUAUAAAAUCGAAAAGAAAAAGAAUGAAAUAAUUAAAAUAUUCGAAAAAGUAUUACAAGAAAAUACACCAGUCAGUUCAUUGUCAGAAGGUAAACUAUUAGUUGAGUAUUUGAAUGGUCUUAAUGAGAAGACAAAAUUACUCAAUGGUGAGAUUAGAAAGUUGACUAAAGAUAAUAAUACCAUGAACUUCAAAAUAGUUAAAUUAGAGGAAAGUAAUAAAGAACUUAACAACGACGUCAAACGAUUAGAUACGAUGCAAAAGGAAAAAGAAGUCAUGGGGAAAAAGAUUGAUUCAAUGAGUGAAGAAUUGGAAAUAAUCAAUAAUCAGAAUGACAAAUUGACAAAAGACCUUAAAGACAAAGAGGAAAAAAUAGAGAGCUUGAAGCUUGAGAUAACUGAUCGUGAUAACAAGAUUAAAGAUCUUGAGUCUAAUACAUCUAGUAACAGCAAGGAAUUAAAUACAGAAUUGGAAGAGCCCAAAGAGGUGCCAACAGAAAAGGUCAAUCAAGAUAAGUCUUCUUCUGGAGAAGAAAACACUGAUAAAGAUAGUAGCGUGGGUGAUAGCAGCGACAAUUCUGAUGUGUUGAAUACUGAAAUUUCUCAAUUGAAAUCCCAAUUAUCUACCAAAGAAACCGAGGUUGAAGAAUUGACUAACGAAGUCAGAACAUUAAAGAGUCAAUUGAACGAUAAGAAUGAGGAGAUAGAAGAUUUACGAGACCUGGUUAAGGAAAUAGGCAAUGAGCUAGUAACCUCUAAGGAUGAAAUCAAGUCUCUAAAGAAUUCUCAAAAAUCCAUUGACAAUGAAGAUAGUACCACCAAAGAAGAUACUAAUACUCAAAUAAAUGAUUGGGAAUUAAAAUACAAUUCUCAGUUAAAAGAAAAUAAAGAAUUGAAAGAAGAAUUGGACGUGGCUACAAAAGAAUCUAAAGAAAAAGAAAAAGAACGCAAGAAAUCAGAAGAUCAAUUGAGAAAACAGAUCCAAACUUUGAAACAAAAACUCGAAUCAACAGAAAACAAAUUUGAAUCCAAGACCAAGGAUUUAAAGAACUUGCUGGAAGAGAAAGAAAAAUUAGAGAAGCGAAUCUCAGAAUUGUCAAAGUUCAAAAGUAAUGAUUCAUCUUUGAAAUUAGAAAUUUCUUCAUUGAAAUCCUCAUUAACCAAUAAAGAUAAUUCCAUCAACGAACUAAAGACUCAAGUCGAUGAGUUAAAACAAUCUAAUAAAUCAUUGAACUCUAAAGUUGAAGAGUUGUCAAAAUCUAAUAACGAGUUGCAAUCCAAUUCUAUGGAUUUUUUGAAAGACAAAAAUGAAUUGUUAACCAAACAAGAAGUAUUAAUGGAAAAUACAAAGUCAUUAAACCUGCAAGUUACAAAAUUGCAACAAGAGAAGCAAGAUGUAAUUACUGAGUUGGAAAAGACGAAAAAUAAACUAGACAUUGUGAUUGCAGAUAAAUCACAAUCGGCAAACGAUAUGUUAUCUUACAAAAAGCAACAUGAAGAAUUGAUGAUGAAGUCUAAAGAGUACAGUUUACGAAUUGAAAGUUUGGAGGAUGAUUUGACUGAAGCCAGAAAUUUGUUACAAGAGAGAACCCGCGAGACUUCAAAUAUGAGAAGGUUAUUAGUUGACGCCGAGGAAAUGUUGAAACAACAAAAGCAGGAUUCUAAGCUUGAAAUUGCUAGAGCAUUGGAGGAUAAAGCAGAGAUUGAAAGAAAUAAUGCGUCUUUAAUAAAGAGGAAACAGAGAGAACUAGAUGAAUUAAAAGAAUCAGUUCAAGAGUACAAAUUGAAAGUGGAAAAAUUGGAAAACAAAGUUAUGACUCUCGAAAAAGAAGAAAAGAGCAAGGAAAGUUUAAGCACCGAUAACCAAACCCAAAUGAGUAAAGAGCUAUCAUCGACCAUUGAAACGUUGAGAACCGCAUUGAAUAAUUCCACCAAUAAAAUUAGAGAUCUUGAAAAUUAUAAUAAUAACCUUAAGAAAUUGAGUGAAGACAACACAUUAAGAUUUGAACGUUUAUCCAAAAACUAUAAAAUUUUGAAUCAACAGUAUCAGUACAUGAAAGAACGUAAAGGUUCUGAAUCAUCAACAAAGCAGGAUAAACCAGUUGAGACUGCACCUGAAAGCAACGAUAAACAAGCAACAAACGUGGCUUAUUUGAAGAAUGUUUUACUUGGGUUUUUCCAACACAAAGAACAACGAGAUCAAUUAUUACCUGUGUUAAAAACGUUAUUUGAAUUCAGCAAAGAAGAUGAAGAAAAGUUCUUAAUGGCAUUGAAAUGA